CACGCAGCACUGCAGCUGUACGUUUGAAUGUUCCUUCCUUUACUGCAACCAAUUCCCCGCCACCCCAACUCCGUCGAUGCACCACGCUAGUGACAGGUGUCACUGAGGCUGCGUCCAAACGAGGCAAUCGCCUGAUUGCCGCGUGACCACCCAUGCUUGGCUGUUCCUGCAUUCAAUUAUAGGAGGAAUCUGGGGAGAUCCAACAUUUCCCCACAAAGACCCUUGUCCUCCCAACAUUCCUCGUUGCCCCUUUCCAUCCCUGGACUCUCUGCCAGACCAUGCGGUUUACUUAUAAUCUCAAUUGACAACGGUACUUAGUCCUCGCCGAUUCCUGGCUCAGAGACGUCGCUAUCUCCACGGUCCCCCGUCAACCCGAAUAAGCCAUUGCCCUCUCCGCCUCCCCCAGGAAGCGAGCAAGCCAAAGACCCCCCGGCGAAACCAGUGCUGAAGUUAGACCGCAUCAUGGCCUCGCUUACCGACGCCGAGAUCGAGAAGCUCUUCUCGGGGGCCCCGCAGUACUUUGCCCGGUCCGAAGGCCACUACACCGGCGCCCCUCACCCGUCUGUGGCGUUCCCGUGGGACGAGGAAUUGCAGAUCCGCGACCUCACCGACCAUGUCCAGAUCGAGCACAAGGCUUGGAGGUGCUUGACCACAUGGCCGCACAUCACUCGCGACAUCCAGUCCGCCCAGCUGGGAGCGACGGCCAAGCCCGAGAAACAACGUGCCCACUACUACCCGCGCUGCCGCGAGCGGCCUAACAUGCUGAGCAUGGCAGGCCUCGAGAAGGGGAGUUUGGGCUACGAAGCUGUCCUGGAGCUUGGGGUUGCCGAUGCCCUCCGGGAAGAGCAGGCGGGUUUCGAGGCCAUUACCUCGAGAGACCCCGCUGUCGCCGACCAGCGCCAGAAGAUGUUGGCGUCCAAGGAGGGCCUACGGCGCCUCGACGAGACGGCAAUAUUGGAGCAGCUCAUCAAGAACGGUCGGAGGUACACUGAGCCGCACCCCCGGGAACACCGCGUGACAAGCGAGCUUUACAACGAGCUCUUCCUCCAGAUCUUACACCCGCCAACGAAGGUGCUUGACCACAAUGACCCAUAUAGCCUCUCUGUGCAGAUACAGGCACUGGUCAAGGUUUUGGCAGCACCGAGCAUGUGGAUCGACUUCUCCCACGUCGAGUGGCGCAUCAGGUUAGGCCAGCUGCUCUGGGCAGCUGAAGACGAAGUUGGGGACGGGGCUUCGACUAAAACCGGAAGUUCAGCCAAGGAGGCCCACGAAGAGAGAUAUUGGCUUCUCGUGCAGAUUUUACUGGCAUGCGAGCUCCUUGUCAGGCUGGACGCUAUCACGGAAGGCGAUGAGCUAGGCUUGGAAAGUAUUAGGCCCUGCGAAAUCCAUCGCUUCGAGAAGGACGCCAAUGGAUCAGUGAGGUGGUCGAUGCACCUGGCUCGAGCAUGGCUGGAGAAUAUCGAGGUGGUUAAGACAGAGCAGAAAGAACAAGAGGGGCAACAAGAGAGGCCCUCCAGUUGGUUGGCUACGUUGACGAAGCGCAUAUCACUAUCCCACGAGGAUGGCCAUCACCAGCAUCAAACGCCGGUAUAUGCGAUAAAGGGGAAACACUGCCAGCGGCAGGUUGAUGGGCUUACACAUUUUGCCGGACGUCUGAAAUGGCCUGGCAUUGAAUCUUCUGCUGCGAAAAUAUCAGAGAGCUGCCGGGCCGUAACGGAUGGCGCCCCUUUACACACGCCGUUGGCCAGUCCGGCCAGCCGGGGUAGCCAGCGGUCUUCCUAUUUUGGAGGCUCCAAGGGAGACGCGAAUAUCAAGAGGACGCCAUCGAGACGACAAAAGUUGUCAACAGAACUUCACCCUUCGGGCUGGCUGUCAAAGAGCUAUGUCUCCGGCCUGAUGCUCCCCGGCGAGGGUAUCUACCAUUUCUUGAUGUCAACGCUCUUGGAGAAUGACCUGGAGGCAAUGGCAAGUCUGGGCUCAAUGGCGAACCUUUGCGGCGGGUUCGUCUACAGCGGAAAGAGCUUCUGGAGCACCGCGUGCAUUGUCGGCCGUGUUCUAGCCGCAGGGAAAGGAUCUGCCGAGUGUAUGGGAUGGAUAUCCAGCGAUAUAACGCCUCAAGGUCUUGGUGAGGGCUGGGUAAACAUCGAGGCUACAGACCUUCCAGAGGAUGCCCAGUGCAUCAACAAGAAGGCCAGGCUCUGGGCCAAAGCGACGAUCGAGAGGGAGUCAAACGUGCUGGGGGAUACGGAUCCUUCCUCCGUACUCCCGGCCGACUUUAUCAUCCCGUUCGAAAACAUAUAUGGCGAAAACCCGCCGCCGAUCGUCACAAUCGAACUCAAGGCGCUCAGUCUCUGGGCACCCGUCGAUUCCGUACAUACCACGCCGACCAACGAAAUGGGAGCCACGCCCUUCUCCGAAAUCAGCAAGCCACCUGAGAUCCACACCUACCCGGCAGCAGUCUCAUUUACAGUAACCGAGGCAGGAAGCGAGGAAGCGAAAGAAUAUACGUACAACCUCUCCAACGAUGUCUAUUUCGUAACUGCACACCCGUGCGUCCCGUCUCAGUACGUCAAGAUCUUGAAGUCGCCAUCCAGUCCCACGAUCCAGCACGUCGACCUCUCUGGCAAUGGAUCAGUAGGAAAGACGGCAAGCGUAGUCGGCCACCCUCUACAUAAGUACUAUACAUAUACGGCCAUCCACCUGUCGGAACUCUUGACCAAGCAGGAUUUCCCAUUGGAGACCCUGCUAGCCAACUACUCGACUACAGCUCAUUGCCCUACCCUCACACCAGCUCCUGGUAAUGCCGCCAAGGUGCUCGUGAUCGACUGCAUCACCGGCUUCAGCCAAUUACCCCAAGAGCAUGAGAUUCCCCUGUCACCCAUCCUCCAGCACUCUCGAAGCCGAUCGCCAGCCAUGAGCGAGACUGAAAGCAUUGCGGCGAGGGAGGCCGCUCGAGCUCCAGGCAGCGGCCUCGAGGGGCCAAUUGAGACUGCGGCGAAGAAUAUGCAUCAUGAGACGAGAAGAAGACAGUUUGGCUCGGACAUGGAGAUCUUGGUCAGGGCCUUCUGUGCCGAGAGGGGGUGGAACGCCUUGAUCAGCCGGAGGAGACGCGGCUGCCUGGCAUGUGCCAUCCGGGAGGCCGGGGCGCUGGGAUGGAAGGUUGUUAUCAGGGUGGACUGAUGAGACACAGUGGUGCGAGGGAACUUCGACAGGAAGAGGUCAGAGGAGGAGCUUGAAGGAAGGGGCAUCAGGGGGAUGCCUCAUAUCGGAUGAUUGAAAUGCUGGUGAUUGUCAAAUUGUUUGUAGCGAAUAUACCCUGGGCAGGACGACCAUUGGUCAUGGAUUAUUUACAGUACCAAGUACUCUGGCAUUACCGGAUAUUGAGAGCGAAGUGGGAUUUCAUGGUGUUUUGAGCAGGAUCACACGAAUGUUUAAAAGCCUGACGAACCAUUCGAUCCGCCGUAACACUUCACACAGCGGGCAACGGUUAGGUACUGAUACGAGCCCAAAGACGGUUCAUUGUAGAGCCGAGGUGGUAAACCUGGAUGCGAGUAUCAAAGAUGCACUGCGUGUCUGUCCUCGUUUCUCCAAGCGAACGAAGACCCGCACGGUAGGGGAG